CUAGAAUUGUCGUUUUAUCCCAUUCAAACCCCAACCCCAAAGCCCCAUAGGAAGUGGGGUAGGGUGGGGUUGACCCUUCCUUCCAGUCCUCUCCCGCCUAGCCCAUGCCGUCCCCUACGUGCCGCCAUCGCCCGACGCUUCGGUAUCGCGUCGUCGGAGACCUGCCGCACCUUCUUUUCCGUCUACCAGGCAGUUGUUGACAACAUGGGACACCUCUUCGAGCUCCGCACCGGUUCCGAGAGCUUGAGUUCUCUCCAUAAUUUUUUCAGGGUUUUAGGGCUGUCUAGGUUCAGAAUUGACGACUCGUUUUUGGGUGAAAAUGGGUGCUUGGUGGUUGAAGCGUUGGUGGAUUCCGAAGGGAGGUUCGUGGAUGUUUCAGCUGUGUGGCCAAGUACCAUGAAUCCCGAAACCAUUUUGUGUGAGAGUAUGAUUUAUCUCGAGGUUGAGGAAUCCAAAGAAUUGUUGAAUGGACUAUGUUAUUUGAUUCCUCAUAAUAUUAUGGGAGAAUCCUGUUUUACCCUUUUUGCCAUGGCGUUUGUCGCCUAUAACAGAGUGAACGAGAAGGAUAGUUAUGGCUCUAUGGAGAGGGCUUUCAAUUGUGCCCAUGGUAAUGCAAUGAAGUUGAUUGGUAAUACCUUUGGGGGGAUUCGUGCCAGAUGGCAGCUUCUUGCGACCUCCAGGAAGUAGAAGCUAAAGUGUAUUGAGCAUUUGUCGUUUGUGCUUGUUGCUGGCUGCCUGUUGUAUGAUUUUGUCGUCAAGUGCAAUGAGAAAACCCCAGAAGAAGGGGUGGGAAAAUCAACAGGUUUUUUUUAGCAAUGCAGUGAAUCAGCAUGAAGAAGAUCACUCCUUCUCAAUUUCUCUUCCUUUCACUCCUUCUGGUAUGCUUCACAUCCCUUGCUUUUGGACAAAAUAUCACUCACCCAGACGAAGUGAAAGCUCUGAAAGAUAUAGGCAACACCCUUGGUAAUAAGAACUGGGACACAGAUAUAGAUCCAUGCAGUAAUAAACCUCCCUGGAAUGUAACUAUGGACAAAGACAAAGCCAACUAUGUCAGAUGCAACUGUUCUAUCUCCAUUGACAGCUUUUGUCAUGUUGUUUCAAUGCACGCUCCCACCUGAAUUGACAGGGCUACCUCACCUUGAAGAAAUUGACCUCAGUCGCAAUUAUCUUAAUGGCACAAUACCUGUUGCAUGGGGCUCCUCCAAACUUCGCAAUAUUUCUCUUCUUGGAAAUCGACUUACUGGUCCCAUCCCAAAAGAGAUAGGAAACAUCACAACCCUCCAAAGUUUGGUCCUUGAAUUCAAUCAAUUCACUGGAAAUAUUACAUCGGAUCUUGGAAACCUUUCUCACCUUGAAAGAUUGCAUCUUACUUCUAACAACUUCACUGGAGAACUUCCUGAAACUUUGGCUAAGCUUACAUCAUUGAGAGAGCUUCGUCUUAAUGACAAUAACUUCUCUGGAAGGAUACCCAGUUUUAUUCAAAGAUGGAGAAAUCUUGAAAUAUUAGAAAUUCAAGGUAGUGGUUUAAGUGGGCCAAUUCCUUCUGAAAUUUCAUUUCUGCACAACUUAGAAGAUUUGAGAAUUACUGACUUGACUAAUGGAUCGGAUUCCACUUUCCCACAAAUUAAUAUGACAAAGUUGGAAACACUGAUACUAAGGAACUGCCAAAUUAGCGACGAAUUACCUCCGUAUCUUGGGAACAUGAAAAGCAUUGACAUGAAAACCUUAGACCUAAGCUUUAACAAAUUAAGCGGAGAGAUUCCAGAGACAUUUCAAAACCUAUUAUCAAUACCCACACGCGUAUAUCUCACAGGAAAUCUACUUAAUGGAACACUACCUACGUGGGUAGCUGAUGAAGUUAAAUCUAAGAAUGCAAAAUCAAUAGAUCUUUCAUACAACAACUUCACCGAUAAAAACUCCGAAGCAUGCCAAGAGACUGAAGGCGAAAUGAACUUGUUUGCAAGCUUCCCAAGGAGCCAAAGGGCACCUGUUACUUGUCUGACUAGUGGAAACUGUACGAGAACCUUCGAUUAUUUCCAUAUAAAUUGUGGUGGUGGACAGGAGACAAGUAGUGAGGGUAUAGUGUACGACGAUGACGUGGAUUCAUCAGGGGCAGCAACAUCUAAAAUGCCCAAAGAAAACUGGGCAUUUAGCAAUACUGGUCAUUUCUUGGAUGCUAAUAAUAAUAAUGCAGAAGUCUAUAUCCAAAAAAGUCAAAAUACGCUUUCUAUGACUGAUUCUGCAUUGUAUCAGACUGCACGUGUAUCUCCCAUUUCUUUGACUUAUUACGGAAUGUGUCUGGAAAAUGGAGAGUACACAGUAUCACUGCAUUUUGCAGAGAUCAUGUUCACCGAUGAUAACACAUAUAGCAGUCUUGGAAGACGUAUAUUUGAUGUUUACAUUCAGGGAAAGCUAGAAUUGAAGGAUUUCAAUAUUGCAAAUGAAGCAGGAGGAGUUGGGAAGAACAUCACAAAAAUAAUUUCAACUACUGUUAGUAAUAACUCUUUAGAGAUUCGAUUUUAUUGGGCUGGAAAAGGAACAACUGCUAUCCCAUAUAGAUCAGUAUAUGGCCCUCUUAUAUCUGCUAUAUCUGCCACUCGUGUAAACAGUUCCAGAACAGAUCCACGUAGCAUGGCUGUAGGGGUUGUAAUUGGGAUAUCAGUUUCUGCAAUAAUAUUUGUCAUACUUGUUGUACUUGCCUGGAGACUUCAUAUUGGGAAAAGAAAUUCAUUAACAAAAGAGUUAAAGCAGUUAAAUUUGCAAGUGGGUUUGUUUACUAUGCGUCAAAUAAAAGUUGCAACGAAUAACUUUGAUAUUGCUAAUAAGAUUGGAGAAGGAGGCUUUGGUCCUGUCUACAAGGGUAUUUUAUCGGAUGGCACAACAAUAGCAGUUAAAAUGCUUUCAUCAAAGUCUAAGCAAGGGAACCGUGAGUUUAUAAAUGAGAUAGGUUUGAUUUCAGCUUUGCAACACGCUUGUCUUGUUAAACUUUACGGUUGUUGUGUUGAGGGAAAUCAGUUGUUGCUGGUUUACGAAUAUCUGGAAAACAAUAGUCUUGCACAUGCUUUAUUUAGAAAUGAAGAAUCUUGUUUGCGAUUGGAUUGGCCAACCAGGUAUAAGAUUUGUGUUGGUAUAGCUAGAGGUUUGGCUUUCCUACAUGAAGAAUCAAGAUUAAAAGUUGUUCACAGAGACAUAAAGGCUACUAAUGUGUUGUUAGACAAAGAUCUAAACCCUAAGAUAUCUGAUUUUGGUCUUGCAAAGCUUGAUGAUGAAGACAACACUCACAUAAGCACAAGAAUAGCUGGCACUUAUGGAUAUAUGGCUCCAGAAUAUGCCAUGCAUGGUUAUUUAACUGAUAAAGCAGAUGUUUAUAGUUUUGGAGUGGUUGCCUUGGAAAUUGUAACUGGAAAGAGUAAUACCAUCCCUCGACCCAAGCAAGAAGCAUUGCAUCUUUUAGAUUGGGCCCAUUUGCUGAAAGAGAAAGGAAAUCUGAUGGAGCUUGUUGACAGAAGGUUAGGAUCAAAUUUCAAUGAAAAAGAGGUUAUGGUGGUGAUAAAAGUGGGUCUUUUGUGCACAAAUGUCACUGCAAAUCUUAGGCCUACCAUGUCAACAGUGCUUAGCAUGCUUGAAGGAAAAGCUGUGAUUCCAGAAUUUAUUUCAGAUUCAUCUGAAAUAAUGGAUGAAGAGAAACUAGAGGCAAUGAGACAAUAUUACUCUCAAAUUGAAGAAAAUGAGAGAAAUGAAACACAGAGAAAUCAUAGUUCAUCAAAAGAUGGGCCAUGGACUGCUUCGUCUUCAUCAGCUGCAGAUUUAUAUCCUGUCCAUAUUGAUUCUUCUUAUUGGGAGAAAAGAAAUUAGAAGGGUUUAAUUUUGUUUUCACACUAUUUUCCAAACCAUAAUUGUGAUAAUAUAUAUUAAUUAUCAUAAGGUUUAUUAUAGUUAUUGUCAUGAUUAGUUAACAUAAUGUGUUACUAUUGGCUGCAAAACCAAUUAUAAGUAUACCGGUCGCAGUAUAGCAAGUGAUAA